AUGGUCAAAGCUAGAGGCAAGGGCAAACGCAAGGCCAAGGGCAAGGGCAAAGCUCCCGCAACCAGCCCGAACCCCUUGCCAGGCCUACAGGAAGAACCUUUGGUCGAACCGGGAAUUGAUCCAAUCGAUAGACCGCCGUUGUCUUUGGGAUACACGGAAAGUCAGAUCGACAAAAUGCUCGCAGAGUCAGCCGCCGUGAGAGACGCCAUGAGCGCCAUGAGAGACGCCAUGCGAGACGCCAGGAAAGACGUCGCAGAAGACUCCAGGAAAGACGUCGCAGAAGACGCCGGAGAAGACGCCGGAGAAGACGCAGAAGACACCGCAGAAGACGCCGCAGAAGACGCCGCAGAAGACGCCGCAGAAGACGCCGCAGAAGACGCCGCAGAAGACGCCGCAGAAGACGCCGCAGACACCGCAGGAGAUACCGCAAUCGCAAACGAACCUGCCGGACCUUCCUCGAAUAGCAGGAAACCUCACUCGGUCGAAAGGCUCCAAGCGAAAAUGGAUAUCCUCAAAAUAUUGCAUGAGGAAUCCCCACGGGUACCUGGCGAAGGCUCUCGCGACUUCUACGGAAUGUGUAUCAUAUGCGAAAAGGCUGUCAAGGUAUACAGACCAGGCCCGCCGGGCUUCAUGAUCAAGUAUCCCGAGUUGCCCUACAGUCUUACGCCGCCGAAGUCGUGCAAAUGGAAACCCCGGCCUGAUGACAAAUUCUAUAUCCAUGAGUGGUGUUGGUCUCAGGCAUUAGUACAUCCCCUUUUCCGUGUCCUUGACCUCAAGUACUUUCUACAACAUGGCAGGGACGUGAAGGGCGAGAAGUAUCCAGCCGACCUCAUCCACGGCACGAGAAACGGCGACCUCAUGUUCCGACACCCCUGCACUAGACAGCCUAUUAUUUGGUCCCGUAAAAGAAAGGAUCUUUACUGGAAGGACCAGGAGGAGAAGUAUUUUGCUGACCAGGGCCGUACCGUGGACGCGCCCAUCCAUCUCACUGCCUUCCAAAACGUUCCCCUUGUGGUGCUCGAACUCAUCUUCUUCCACCUCGAUAAAAAGAAGGACGUCAACAGUCUGGCCACCGUGUUGGGCUAUUACCCCGAGAUCUGGUUCAAUGACAAAGACCCGGAGAGGGUAUAUGCUCACAGGAUGCUGAUCGAAUUCGCUCGAGAGGAUAGAAACGAGGAGGAAAGAUUCAACGCCAAGUUUGACAGGUUUUAG